UUAGUUAGUAGGCCGUGGAGCGACAUUAAGCGAAGUCCUACCUCAUCGCGGUUGGCGAUUAUACGUCGAUUCACCUGUUGAGUUUAGUCAGCUCUUGCCGUGACCGGCCGGCAGUUGUUUUCAAAGCUUCUUGAUUCUUGAACGAUUUAAGUGCAUACUUCUUCGCCAGUGUCGUGAAACUUGUUUGUUCAUCUACGCGCUUUCGAAUAACGAAAUUUGGAUUAUCUUCACUUCUUUUCAAUUGGAUAUUUCGUUGAUUUGAACGAAAUUGGUUAUUUAAGAUAGAAUUGCUAGCAGACGGACAAUCCCGCAUGAAAAGGCAGUAGAAAGACUUCAGUCAACGUCCACCAUGUAAUUAUUAUCCAACGACUCGAACACCUGUCGUGGAAAUAAGUGUACUGUGACUUAGUACUUGUCGGAAGUACUUCUCGGGAAGUGGUUAAACGUCUCAAAGAAGUUUAAAAGUGUACUAUUUUAAUUAUGUUAAUGUCAAGUGAUAUCAACAUUACCCUAACCCAGACGCAAAUGUACGUCGCGGCGCGGGAGAGAGAGGAGAAGAUGCGCGUCGACCAAGAUACCGUCGACGGCGCUAUUUUGCCGCCGAAAGUACCGGCGGAUUUGAAGAAGGUACCAUCCAUAGAAACUUUGAAUAGUGAAAUGCCUAGAAAGGAGUUGCAGAAAGACAGAGGGAAGAAGGCGAUUAAGUGUUUACUGAAUAGGCUUAGAUUGAAGAAGUAUGGAAGUGCUACAAUUUCGAAGCCAGACCCGGUCUAUAGGGUGGCCUAUUUGGGAAACGUUGUUACUGGAUGGGCGAAAGGAGACGGAUGCUUCGAGAAACCUUUGACAACCUUAUGGAGAAACUACACCCAAUCAUCCCGCCCAGACGUCCGCAUGCAGCUGACAGUAAGUGGAGGCGGUCUAAAAGCCACAACCAAGGAUCACGGACUCACCGAAUAUUGGGCGAACCGUCUAACUGCCUGUGGAGCCCCGUCCCAAUUCCCUCGCCUCUUCUGCUGGGUCUACCGACACGAAGGCAAACGACUACGACACGAACUGCGAUGUCACGCGGUGCUUUGCUCUUCUUCUGCUAUAGCGAAGCAAAUCGAAGAAGAACUCAAAGAAUCGCUGGCGCUUGCACUUCUGGAGUUUAAGCGGGAGAAACUUUGCAGACAGAACGCAAGGCUUUCUCUAGUCAACUCUGUCUACGAAAAUCCCACAAUACCGAGAAGAAAGAUUUUACUGAGUACGGGUUCACACAAUUACAGACCACCGUUGGAACGAUCCAAAUCAGCUCCCAAGUUGAUGAGCAUAGAAGAAAUAAUUGAAGAAGAAGACGACGUGUUUCAGGAUUCCAAAGAGAGUAUUAAGCUUAAAAGGCUUCUUCAGCAUUGCAAUAGCUCUAGCAAUGUAUUGGAUAGAAGGAAACUUUACAUUCUGAGUACCAUUAGAUCCAACAGCAAUCCAGUACCUGUAAAAGAAAAGAACGGUGAUGCAACAGUCAAUACGGAUGGGAGAGAAGAAACAGAACAUCUUAUGCUUGAUGAAAAAAGUGAAGUCAUUUUGAAUGAGUUAGUGGAAAAUAGUCUAAAAAACGAUCUGCUCGAAUCUUGCGAAAAAGCAUGGUUCAACGCCUUAGGUCAAAAACCUGACUUAAUACCUAUAGAAAGCGACGAAGGUUCUCUCUCGAGUGGUUGCGAAUCAGCAGGUACUGCAGUUUCUGAGUCAGAACCGAUGUUCCCUACUUUCAAUGAACUAGAAAUACUAGAAGAAGAAGGUCAGGAACUCGAGAAAAAGACUGAGUUAGAUUUUAAAGUUGGGGGUGCUGUGUUAUCGAGGGUGCGGAGCUUCGAGAGGUUGUCGAAUCCUGAUCUUCUUAAAUACUGCGGCAUAAAUAACAAAAAACAGUUUUUGGAUCAAGAGGAAGUAUCUUUGGUGCCUGUAGGGGAAACCCAAACGGAUUUCAGUUCGUUAAAGGUAUUUAAGAGAAGAACUCUGUCUGAUCCUAACUACAGGAGAUUGAGCGAAAAUGGAUCUGAUGAUGAGAAUGGUAGUGCCUGUAGUGACGAGAGCGGGUAUGAAGAAGAAGAAGUGGCAAGUUCGAUAGGGAAUAUAGUAUUAGUCUGAGAUUGUACUGUGAUUGUAGAUAGAACUAAGUUAUUGUAGUUGGUUAGAACUGUAGAAUUUGACAUAAUGAAGUAAAAAUUAGAUAAAUAUUAAAUGCAAAGUAUGUACACUGUGGGCCGAAAUAAAGAAGUACAUGACUGCUUUGAAAGCAAAAAUAACGUACAGGGUCGAACUUAUCAAAAAAUUUAUGUAACGGUGCAUUUGAGCUCGUUGCAAAUGAAAACUGUCUUAGCUAAAAUUGAACUGAUAUAUUCUUUUGGUAGGUUGACUAUCCGAAACACUUCAGUAAAAAGGAAAUUUUUCAAAAUAACCGGAUUCGCAAAAUAUCAUUUUUUUUUUUUAAUUAGGAAAAUACAACAUUUUAACAAAUAACACCUUUAUGAAAACAGUUUAAUAGUUUUAAAACUUAGACUAAAAUAUUAUGAAUGUGGCCACCAUUAUUGUUUACCACUUCUUAAAGUCGUCUGCGCCAUAAAUUGAUAGCCCCAUUUAUUACACCCUGUUCAAAAUUGUUCCUAACAAAUGCAUCUUUGUUUGAGCUGUUCGAUUGUUUCAAAUUAUUAUCCCAUAAAAAUUUUGUUCGAAAAUUCCCCAAAUUGAAUAGUCAACCGGAUAUAAUUCUGGUCUGUUAGGUGGCCACAUCUCUCAAUAUAGUCCGGGCAAUGUUUACUCAAGAAUAUCCUUUUAUUGUGGGAAGUGUGCGAAUGAGCACCAUCCUGCUGGAAAGUGUAAUGAUAACAUACUUCUUCAAUUUCAGGUAAUAGGUGCUGCAAGAUUUGUUCUUGAUAUGUUUCUGAAUUAAGUUUUACGCCGGCAUCAACAAAAAUUAGACGAGAUUUUUCCAACAUGGAUACUGCAACAGAGACCAUUACACCUUUGGAGAAAUGACUUUUUUCAAUUAAAAGAUGCUCUAGAGGAAUUUCUCUCUUAAAUUGUACCUACUUACGUCAGAAUACACCCUAUUCUUUUUGGGUAUUUUUAGGAGGCCGUAAAUAAAACAUUUUUUUCAUCUGAAAACCAUAUUUUUCUAAUGUCUCCACGAGAGUGGAAUAUUCUUAGUAACAAAUUACAUCUUUUCAGUCGUUUUUCUCUUGCAUUGGCAGUAAGUCUUUGAGAGUAAACUUUUUUAAAUACUUUAAGAUGGCAAUCUUCUUUAAUGAUUAUUCGAACUGAUAUGCGGGAAAUCCUAGUUUCUUUUGUGAUAUUCCUUGUUCCAACAGAUUGGCCAGGUUGCAAAUUUCCUAAAAGAACCCUUACUCUAGCAAUAUUUCUUCAGAUCUUUUCUUGCACUAUAAUUAUAUUUAAUUAAUAUUCUAUCCUCUUUGCUUAAAAGUGACAUUAUGAACUGGCCAAUUUACUUAUUUAACUGUCAAACAAAUUCCAUGACAAUCUAAGCAGUCAUGACUUACUAAGUAAAAUUGACAUAUUUGAGCGUUAAUUGAGAAAUUCUUAAGACUUUUAACAAAAAGUACUGCUAAUAUGGAUGCAAAAACGAUGGAAAAGGUGUAAUUUAGUGUUAAGAGGGUUUCGUUCUAGUGACCAUAUUAGAAAAGUACUCGAAUAAGAUUUCCUAAUGUAAGUAAAAAAUUAUAUUUUACAAAUUCGGGGUUUUUUAAAAUUAUAUGGCAAAGGCGUGUUCUGAACAUUAUUUAAAUAAAAAAACGAUAUUUUGCGAAUCCGAUAAUUUUGAAAAAUUCCUUUUUUGCUGAAGUGUUUUUGGAUAGUUACCCUACCAAAAGAGCAUAUCAGUUCAAUUUUAGCUAAGACAGUUUUCAUUUGCAACGAGCUCAAAUGCACCGUUACAUAAAUUUUUUGAUCAGUCCGACCCUGUACGUUAUAUUUGCUUCUAAAGGGUACCCCCUGUUAAGAUAGGCAAAAUGCCCCCACUCCCAGAAUUCAAUAUAUUCAUUUUUUUUACGUUCUAUGCAAUUAAAAAAUGAGAUAACGCGGAUUUUUAGAUCGCCACCCCCCUUACCCCUCCCCCCACAGCCAAAAAGGUAGAUUUUUAGAUUUAAUUUUUUUUUAGUUGGGUUGCAAUUGAUUUAAAAAUUUCAAAAAAUUCACACAUAUAUCUGAGACUUUUACAAAACAUGUCCAUUUUUUAUGGACCCGUAGAUCGAGUGUACAUAACCUCAAAAUUUUUUUUAACUUUUUUAAAGCUUAUAACUUUUUCUUGGAGGGGGCUGCAGGUCCAAUUUUUUUUUGCAUUUUGUAAAUUUUAUCAAAAGCUAUCUCUCUGAUUUUUUCAGAUUUUUCCGUUACCUGCGCCAUCUUGAAAAAUCCGGAAAACUCUUUUUUAGGGGGUUUUUGGGGAUUUUCUCCAUUUUAUAGACUGCAACAUAGAUCAACUCAAGGUUUUGUUAAUAGAUUAUGUAGAAUUCGAAAAAACUGAGUAUUUACGACUAUCAAAAAUUGGGCAAAAUACCCCAAGCCCCCCAAAAACAAUGUUUUUUUUUUAUGUUAUAUAAGGGUUUUUGUUGGCUUAAUGAUAUUUUUUGAGAUCGAUACAGCCUAAAAAUUUUGAUUUUUUUUCAUUUUUUUACUUUGUGAUUAAAAAAUAAGACUCAUCGCAUUUUUAGCCCACCAACCCCUCCCCCUGCCCCCACAAAAACGUCAUUUCUUUUAUUUUUUUAUUUAGUUAAAGUUUUGUAAGGGUUUUGCGGGUCUAAUCAUAUUUUUUGAGGUCGAUACAGCCUGAAUAUUUUUUAUUUUUUUACGUUCUAUGUGAUUAAAAAAUUAUGACUCACCGGAAUUUUAGCCCACUUCCCCUAUUACCCCUCCCCACAGCCAAAAACGUAAAUUUUUCGAUUUUAUUUUUUUAAGUUGGCUUGCAAUUAAAUCGAAAAUGUUCUAAAGCUAUUUCUUUGUGGCAUUUUUGUAAUUAACUAUUCUUAAUGGAAAAUAAGCCACAAUUUAACUAAAAAAUGAUUUUAUUUUCCAUCUGUAAUGCGUUAGAGAGAAUUCGAUAAUCUGUGACGCACUGAAAAAAGGGUUCGGGGCGAUCUAUAUAAAUAAGUCAGAUUAAAUUAAAUUAUUAGAUAUUUUUAAGAUAAGAUUUUUUAUUAAGCUACAUUUUUGUUUAAUUUAUUAAUAUUUUGUAUUUUUACAACGUGGUGGACGUCGAAACCUUAAUAAAAUCAUUUUUUAGUUAAAUUGUGGCUUAUUUCCCAUUUAGAAUAGUUAAUAAUUAUUAAAUUAUAAAUUACAAAAAGUACAUUUUAAUAUAUCAUACUUCUUGUAGUUUUGUGAAUCAAAACAUUUUGUCCUUUGUUCAUUAGUUUGUAUUUAGUAGGUACCCUAAUAUUACCUUACAUUAUACAUAUUCUAAUUAUUCAAACAUCUGCUUGUACAAUCUACAUAACCUAUAUGUAUCUCUGCCUAUAGUGACACUUUGCUUCACGUUUACUGCCACAUAAAACACCAUAAAAUGAAUGAGGAAAGUGUUACCAAAGAAUAUAUAGCUCCGUAUAGGUAUAUGCAUAGAGUAUUCGGAGAGUUAUAUUCGUUGGUAUUACACUUAACAGUUCUAAAGUCUUCAUCGCUGUCUUCGUCUAUUACAGGUAUAACAUCUGUAUUGUCAAACAGUUUUGCAAGAUAUUCUGCUGGCAUGAUGAUUUUUGUAGAAUAUCUUCCAUGCCAUAAAUAUUAAACUAUGGCAGCUACAUGCGAACAACAGAACAGCCUAUGGUUAUGUUGCCGAUUGCGCAACUUGCAUCUACAAGAUAUAUACAAGACAUAGAUAUCUAUCGUUUAAUGUUUUCCAAACCAUCUGCAUUUGGCUCAUAAUGGAAAUAGUCCACGACGUAUGCUUGUCCCCGUUAGGUAAAUUAUUCCGAUUCGUUUUUUUGCACAAACUUACUCAAAAACAGGUCCUUUAAACAAAUUCACCUGUACCGCGGUCGGAAAAUUGUUUAAACAAUUUUUUAAACGAAUUCAAAAAAAUCAAUUUUUUCACUUCGGACAAAUCUGUUUUAGAUUAUCUGGAUCAACCGGAACAAAAAAGGUCUCUUGUGAUCUUGCUCUAAAAUUGACUGUUUUCGAGUUACACGCGAUUUGAAAUUUGAAAAAGCCGAAAAUGGCCAUUUUCAAGGCUUAAUAACUCGAUUAAAAAUUAUUAUUAGGAAAGUCAGAAAGUGACCAAAUGAAAGUUUAAAGCCCCCCCUACAAGAGCCUGAAGAAAUUUUUGGUCAUUAUUUUAUUACUAACUAUUAAUUUUAAUAAUUAAAAAUGAGCGCUAAGCACGUAUUGAGGCGGUCGUCCGCGAGAGAGAUGUACAAUUCAUUGGACGUUCUAAAAAAUAUCGAUAAAACAAGUAUCGAUCGAAGUCAAAAAUACGUUUUAAAAAAAGAAAAAAGGAAUUUUGAGGUUAUGUGUACACUUGACCUACGGGUCUAUAAAAAAUAGAUAUGUUUUUUAGAAGCCUCAUAAAAUGUUUAAAUUAAUUGCAACUUAACUAAAUAAAAAAAAUAGAAGAAUUGUCGUUUUUGUGGGGGCAGGGGGAGGGGGUGGUGGGCUAAAAAUGCGAUGAGUCUUAUUUUUUAAUCACAUAUAAAGUAAAAAAAUGAAAAAAAUUCAAAAUUUUUAGGCUGUAUCGACCUCAAAAAAUAUCAUUAAGCCAACAAAAACCCUUAUAUAACUUAAAAAAACAUGGUUUUUGGGGGGCUUGGGGUGUUUUGCCCAAUUUUUGAUAGUCCUAAAAUACUCAGUUAUUUCAAAUUCUACAUAAUCUAUUAACAAAACCUUGAGUUGAUCUAUGUUGCAGUCUAUAAAAUGGAGAAAAUCCCCAAAAACCCCCUAAAAAAACGGUUUUCCGGAUUUUUCAAGAUGGCGCAGGUAACGGAAAAAUCUGAAAAAAUCAGAGAGAUAGCUUUUGAUAAAAUACACAAAAUGCAAAAAAAAUUGGACCUGCAGCAAAGAAAAAGUUAUAAGCUUUAAAAAAGUUAAAAAAAAUUUUGAGGUUAUGUACACUCGACCUAGGGGUCCAUAAAAAAUAGACAUGUUUUGUAAAAGUCUCAGAUACAUGUGUGAAUUUUUUGAAAUUUUUAAAUCAAUUGCAACCCAACUAAAAAAAAUUAAAUCUAAAAAUCUACCUUUUUGGCUGUGGGGGAGGGGUAAGGGGGGGGUGGCGACCUAAAAAUCCGCGUUAUCUCAUUUUUUAAUUGCAUAGAACGUAAAAAAAAUAAAGAUAUUGAAUUCUGGGAGUGAGGGCAUUUUGCCUAUCUUAACGGGGGGUACCCUUUCCAGUCAUGUUGAGGACGUGUUAGGCUAUCCUGAAAAAAAAAUUAAAUCGCCCAAAAAACAAAAAAGUUAUUUUUAACUAAAAAAUGUACACCUUUAUUUUGGCCCAUAGUGUAUAUAAAAUCGGAUGUAUUAGAAAAGGUUCCAUGACUGAAUCGUUUCGUAGACGACCUGGAAUAGGUAGAAAGCAAUUUAAAACUUCUCGUAAUGAUCGCUUUAUUGUGUAAAUUCCAUUGUGUUCAACAUUUAGAAAUCGUCACCAUAAUGCCAUUCAAGUAAAGCAACAGCUCCAUGAAGUCAGAGGAGUGGUUACUAGUCAGUGGACAGUAAGACGGAGACUGAAGGAAAAUAGUCUGACUUCUCUAAUAUCUGCUAUUGCUUAAAAACUUACUGCAGCUCAUCGUCAAGCAUACUUGCUUUUUACACGGGAUCAUCUAAACUAGACGUUGCAACAAUCGAGGUUCUGUUCUCAAAUGAGACCAGAAUAUGCCUCUAGGGUAGCGCCCGAAUAAGGAAAAAGAAAGUGUACCGAAGAGCGUUUGCAGAAUGCUGCAUUGAAGAGCGUAGUCCUAAUGGAGGUGGUUCCUAAAUGAUCUGGGGUACAAUUUCCAUGGGGGCACGAACCGACCUCGUUUGCAUUCGUACGGGUAACCGUCUUCACAAGGGAGGAGGUUUAACGUGUUCUAGAUAUUUCGAGGACAUUUUAGCAAUGCAUGUGGUACCUUACGUUGACUACAUUGGAGAUGAAUUUAUUUUUAUAGAAGACAAUGCAAGGCCACAUACCUCAAGCAUCGUGCAAGAUUACAUUUCAGAAGUUAUUUUUCGGGUGAUGGAAUGGCCAGCGUGCAGUCCAGAACUCAAUUCCAUAGAACGUUUAUGGGAUGAGCUAUAACAAAGAAUUGGGGCUAGACUUCAUACCCAAAACUCGAUCCCAGAGCUUAUUGUCGCAGUAGAAGGAGAGUGGCUUAACAUCCGACAAGAAGCAAUAGCAGAGAACUUGAUUAAAUCUAUACCUAAUCGUAUGAGAAAAGUUAUUAAUGCAAGAGGUGAAGUCCAUUAUUAAAACAUUAAUUGUUAAAUUGUUAAUUGUCAAAUGCCCUUUUUGUGUUAGCAAUAAAAAAGUUGCAUUCAUUUUACAAUACAAUUUUUUGAUGCAUCAAAAAAGUUUGAUGCAUUAAUUUUACAAUGUUAAACAUACGAAGUCGAAAUCAAUGUUCAUAAAUGUAUACCUACUCAUAUUUAAGCAUAUUAAAUUAUUAUCUUUCAAACAGUAGGUAUACCUAUUUUUCUGAAAAAAAAUACAGUUCAAGUCAAAAGUUUAAAAUGGGCCGAUUUCUAUGCACUUUAGAUUAAUUUAUAAAAUUAAAAUAUUUAAACUUAAUUAAUUAUAAACAUAAAUAAAAUAAUUACAAACAGAAAAUAAUUAAUAUAUUAAUUUUACGAGCAUAUGUUUUUAUGCGUAAUAAUAUAAUGUGAGUUAUAAUUUUUUUUAUUAUGUCAAAUCCUAACCUAUAUAAUUAUAUUUUUUCGUUAAAAUAACAAUUAUAGAAAAACAUUUAGAAAAAUUUCAUACUUUAUACUAAUUUCACUAAGUCCAUGUUUUUUUAAAUAUAAACAAGAUUCACCAGUUUUUUAAUGUUUUUCAAAUUAUUAAGUAUUUGUAAAUAAUAAAUAGAGAUAUAUUUGAUAUUAUCUCAAAGAUUCAAAACUCUAAUAAAAAAAAUAGACUACAAAAGAUGGGUCAUUUUUGAUGUCUCGAAUUUCCUAAACCUGUUGUCCGCUUUAAGUGAUUUUUUAAUAGUUCUAGCCGUACUCUUUAACAAUAUUGCUGUAAUAAUAUAGACUGUAAUAAUAUAGGCUGUAAUAGAUAGACAGUUAAAUUGUCAUUGUAUACCGGGUGUACCAAUCAAACUGUAAUUUUUUCUCAAAAUUCACAUGACCCUGUGGAAUAUUCUAGAAUUUAUAAAAUACUGAAAUUAAAACCCAACUAUAGCCUACAUAGGAAUUUAAUAUUCACCAUUUGCGCGCAUACGGGUGAUAUUACUCUUAUGUGCGCCAAUGGUGAACAUUAAAUUCUUAAUUGUAUGUAAGAAUGCAAUAUAACUACCUCUUUAAACCCACCAAUUUUAUUUCCAUAUUUAUCUCAAUCGGUUUUAAAGCAAUAAAUAAAUCGUCAGUUUGUAAGAAAAAUUUCAAUGCACCCUAUCUCGGCAACAAAGCAUUUGCGGACAUACGUGUACAGGGCCGGCGAUAACGGGCCUGCAAGGGAUGCACUGCGGGCGGACGCCCCUGUAAAGGGGGGCGCUAAACUGAGCUUUUUUUGUGCUGGUGCUAUACAAAAUACUAAUUAAAAAAACCAAAGGGCGCCUAUGCUAGUGUUGCAGGCAGGCGUCUUAUACCCUAGCGCCAGUACUGUACGUGUAUAAAGCAAACUGUCACUAUUUUUUUAUGCAGAAUUACCCCUUAAAGUCAGAAUGUUAAGAAAGCCUAAGGCUACAAUUGAGUUUUAAUUUCAACAUUUUAUAAAUGCUAGAAUAUUCCACAGGGUGACGCGAACUUUGAGAAAAAAUCACAGUUUGAUUGGUACACCCGGUAUAUACAACGACAAUUUACUUGUCUAGCAACAAUAUUAUUAUUGCAGCGAUAUAGGGCUUUUCAUUCACAGUCAUUUGUUUCGAGCUUCUGUCAUGUGUCACAUAAUAUUAAUAUAUCUACGUCGUACGUUAUUGGUAUAUACCAAUGAUACAAACCAAAGACGUAUGACGUAGAUAUAUUAAUAUUAUGUGACACAUGAUAGAAGCUCGAAACAAAUGACAAUCGAUGAAAAACCCUAUAGGGCUUUUCAUCGAUUGUCAUUUGUUUCGAGCUUCUGUCACGUGUCAUCAAAUAUUAAUAUAUCUACGUCAUACGUUAUUGGUAUAUACCAAUGAUACAAACCAAAGACGUAUGACGUAGAUAUCUUAUUAUUAUACGACACCUGACAGGAGCUCGAAACAAAUGACUGUGAAUGAAAAGCCCUAUUGUUAAAGAAUAAGGUUAUAAUAUGUUAAAAAGAUCACUUAAAUCGGACAAUUGAUUUAAGAAAAUCGAGGCAUUAAAAAUGACAAAUUUUUAAGAUGGUGCGAUAAUUUCUUGGACAAGUGUACCUAUUUAUAGUUUUCUCAAAGAUCUGUUCGGCUAUGAUAAAAACGGCUUUAAAAACCAAAACUUUAUUAGGGACUUUACGUUAUAUAGUCAAACUAAAAAUAUAUAUUAUUGGUGCUACUAUAGUAUGCGGUCUACCUGUGCAUAGUUUUAUUAUAGUGCGCGGUGUUCCGAUCGCAAUCUGAAAAUUCCUGAAUUAUUUUCGCAAAAUAGUUAAAUGCAAGAAAACUCUCGUAGAAAAAAAUAUAUUUAUUCACAAGUAAUAAACAUUUGGAGAAGAGUAAAAAUGUAAAAUGAAAGGUGACUCAUUAUUUACAAAAAAAUGCACCCCAACUUUUUACAAAAAAAUAUAUACUUACCUAUAACCUAAUUAUUUACAAGACGGUACAGCAUAAUUAUUAUUAAAGAAAAAAUUUAUGCACCUUAAUUUAAGAAAGUAAGAUAGUCAACGAUUCUAGUUUAAAAAUAUAAGACAAGUUAAGAAAUAAUUUUAUUGUAUAUUCCGGAAAUAUUUAUUACUACUCAGCAAUAAACAUUUUGUCUACAAACGGUUUGAAGUAUUUCAUUGUUGUGUGCAAACCUUUCUGAAAAAAAAUUAAAAUGUUUAGACGCAUCGGUAGACCGCAAGCUAUAGGAAACACGCGAAGAUAGACCGCGCACUUUAGUGGCACCGUAUUAUUUUAAUAGUCCGUAUUGUCUUGUACAGAGAAGAGUCGUAAAAUGUGCGUUGGUAAUAAUUGUAUUAUUGUUAAAUAUUGUUAUAUAUGUAUAAUACCGAUUAAUAUGGUAUGUUGUUGUAAAUGUUUUGUGUAGAUUUUACCCAUUUAUUGUACCUUUUUAUAUUAAAAUUGUAAAUAAAUCAAUUAUGAUAA